UAGCCUUUCAGCUCAUCUUGCCAAAGUUUUGAAGGGACCUAACAAAUAAACAACUGCACUAAUGUUCUGCUAAAAUAACAUAAAACCAGUUAUCAUUUUAAUAAGAUAAAUAUUCUGGAAGGCUUUAUAUAAUUUCAGAGUGGAUAUGUUGACCUUCGUCUUUGUGUGCCUCUCUAUCUCACUUACAGGCCUGCAUGCCGCUUUUACGGUUGUUGUUGCUAGUCCCUCAGUAAAAGUGAAAGAAAAUGAGGGAGUUGAUCUGAAAUGUGCCUACACCGCUGACUUUGGUGCAACACCCAGAAUAGAAUGGAAGUUCAAGGAUCUCAAGGGCUAUCAGUUUUUUAUCUACUUUGCUGGAAUGAUAACUGCUGAAUAUGCAGGCCGUAUCACUGUGUAUGAUGGAGGACUGAGAUUUAACAAGGUGACACGAGCAGACAGUGGAGACUAUGACUGUGAGGUUUCUGGCAAUUCUGGAUAUGAUGAGAAGACCAUCAAGCUUACGGUCCUUGUGCCUCCUUCCAAGCCUGUAUCCAGAAUUCCUUCAUCAGUCACAACAGGAAGUAACGUCCGCCUGACCUGCUUUGAUGCAGAUGGCUCCCCUCCAUCCACCUAUAAGUGGUACAAAGACAACACUCCCCUCCCUGAAGAUCCAACCAUGUUCCCCAAUUUUAAGAACCUCACCUACAAGAUGAACGUCUUCAGUGGUAACCUGGAGUUCCCGAGCAUAUCUAAACUGGACACUGGUUCAUAUUUUUGUGAGGCCUUUAAUGGAGAAGGUGCUCCUCAGCGUGGAGAUGCAGUGCACAUGGAAGUCCAUGAUGAGGACAACAGCCAAGCACCAGCUGUGAGCAGCAGCUUGAGCACUGAGACCCAGAAUGUCCCAAGCAAGAUCACCAUGAACCACAUGCUGGAAAAACAGUAUGGUGUAUUCAUGUUGCAAGAGGUGAAACUUAAACUAGAGAUACAAAAACUAGAAUUAGAAAUAACCAAGUUAAAGUUAGAGCUACAAAAACUUGGACAAGAACCUUAAAGUCUGUGUAAAGCAAUAUUAAAUAUGUGUUCUGAGUUUGUCACACCACAGAAAAAAAGUGUUAUUAAGCACCCAGCAAAAAAAAAAAAAAAAAAAAAAAAAAAGCCAAGUAAAUAAAAUGUUAACAAAAUGUGAAAAAAUAAGCAGUAUUCUCUGCUUUCAAAAGCUGCUGCUGUCUGCUCUGAAACCACUCCCACUCUCUGGAAAUCUGCCGUCUCUCUCAACUGUCAAAUACCACUACAAUAUGAACGAAUGCUCCCUCUAGCAGUUUAUUUGGGUUUACACAGGCAUACAUGCAUUUAUGUGACGAAGUUAUAGCUAGCUAGCAAACUGUAGGCUGUAGUAACUAACAGUAAUGACAGUAACCCGCAACUGGGUGGGGGAACAACUAAUGCUAAUAGAGUGGGGAAGUAUGAUGUCACUUUGUAAGCCAAUCGGCUAUUAACAUCCAACUGGUUCCUUCAACAAAAAAUCAGUAGAGAAUUGGAAUGUGUUGUCACAGGGGCAAUGCAUUCUGGGAAUUUAGGUCAAAGGAGCUAGAGCAGAGAUUGGAUAAUAUAGUGAAUGUAGACGUUUGAUAUUUAAUAUUUAUAUUAUUCUAUUUAAGAUCACGCUGGAGUGGUCAAGGCUCACUUUACAUCAUUUGCCAUAGCCCUUUGCACGGCCGGUGUGGAAAACAUGCUUUUUUCAGCAUUAGAAAGCUGAAAAAGCAGAAGUAUUUUCUGCAGACAUUGAUAAGGGGUAUGCCAUAGCCCUAUCAGUGUCUGCAUUAAAUACCUCUGCUUUUGAUUAACGCUAUGUUGAUACAGUAAGCGUUAAUCAUUCCAACCUGAUCGUAAGUUGGAUAU